CCCCUCGUCCUUCCUCCAGCAAACAUGGCUGCAGCCGCGGCCGCCCCGGCUGCGAAGGGGCCUGGGAAACAGGAAGAGGAAGAAGAGCAGCUGGACUGGCUUGUGGAAGGGAAGCAUGAAGUCCAAUGCUGGAGCUGAUGUGGGUUCUCUUCUUCAAGUGGUCACAGCUGUGUAUUCCCCUCAGGUGCAUGCAUACCUGAGGGGAAUGCAUAUCUGCACCCACCUCUCAAAGAACAGUGGUUACAGAUUGGAAUUAUUGGUGGAACUGGCCUGGACGAUCCUGACAUCUUGGAAGGAAGAACAGAAAAAUAUGUGGAUACUCCUUAUGGCAAGCUCCAAGUACAACGUAAGAUAUCAGUAGAAAAGGCAGCUAAACCUUCAGCCCCAACUGGGCACAGCAUGCAGUCCUCUUCCUCACAGGAAGGCUUCUUCGGCACCCUUCUCCAGGAAACCCCAAGACCCAGGAUAACAGUUGAAUGACUGGCACUGAAGAAGGUCAACAGGAGCCACAGAAGCUCAACAUCUCUGAAAACGAGGCCCUAAACCAGAGAAGGUUGUGUAUGAUGAACCAGUAAAAUAUGGGAGCCACUGAUCUACAGUAUUUCAACACUGCCUGAAUGCCGUCGGAUGCUUUGAUAUUGGGAAAGAUAAAAAAUGUUGACUGUGUGCUUCUAGCAAGGCAUGGGAGACACCAUACUAUUAUGCCAACAAAUGUCAACUUCCGUGCCAACAUCUGGGCAUUGAAAGAAGAGGGUUGUACUCAUAUUUUAGUAACUACCGCCUGUGGUUCAUUAAGAGAAGAAAUACAGCCUGGAGAUAUUGUUAUGAUCGACCAGUUCAUUGACAGGACUAUCAAAAGACAUAACACUUUUUACGAUGGGUGCUAUUCCAAUCUUCCAGGAGUAUGUCAUAUUCCAAUGGCUGAACCAUUUUGCACCAAAACCAGAGAGGUUCUUAUGGAGAUUGCCAAGAAGCAUGGGAUUAAGUGCCACUCAAAGGGGACAAUGAUCACCAUUGAGGGGCCACGUUUCAGUUCUCGGGCAGAAAGCUUGAUGUUUCGCAACUGGGGGGCUGAUGUUAUCAACAUGACCACAGUUCCCGAGGUGGUUCUUGCAAGAGAAGCCGGAAUCUGCUAUGCAAGUAUUGCUAUGGCAACAGAUUAUGACUGCUGGAAGGAGCAUGAAGAAGCCGUUUCAGUGGAUAAGGUUUUAAAGACUCUGAAAGAAAAUGCAAACAAGGCAACAAGCAUACUUCUUACUGCUAUUCCUCAAAUAGGUUCCAUGGACUGGACAGAAACUCUGCAUAACAUGAAAUGUACUGUGCAGUGCUCAGUCAUGUUACCAAAACAUUAAAAGCAUGGAUGGGCUCUGAAGUUUGGAUGCUCAGAAGAAAGGAGAGGAUCAGUCUUGAACAUCUAACAGUUACAAUGUUUUGGGAAUUUGAUGUUUAGCAUGAAAGAAUACAGUAAAUGUUGCACUGGUCUAUUUCUUGUCUGCUAGUAAAGUAUCAUGCUAAAGACUGUUGAAGAACUUACCAAUAGCCUUGGAAUUUAUUGACUGUGUGAAUUGGUAGGACAAUGGGAUAAGCAUUCCAUAACAAAUUAUCAUAUUUCAGAUCCUAGAACUUCUGUUCUUGUUUACAAACUUCAGAUGAGAAAGUGCUUCCUUCAUCCUUUGCUCAAUAAUAGCUGUUCAUUCAUGGCCUGGAAGAAGGCAAGAGAAGAGGAGGGGUUAGAUUGUGUACUCUUAUUGAUCAGUUUAAAAAAAUAAAGACUUCAGAAAGUUAAAAUGACAGAGCUAUUAGCUGCUUUGCUAUCUCCUUUUUCUGAGAGCAAACUAUCUUUUAUCACAGAAAUAUAACUGAAGGACUAUAGGUUACUUAAGAAAAUACACUGCAGUAUUUUUAUAUUUUUUUUAUAUAUGUUACCUGUAUUGAUUUUCACUGUUCUCUUAUGAAAAAAAUUGCUUUCUGUGGGAUUUGUGACUUGGACAUCUUAAGCCCAAAUUUUAAAAGCAUGUCCACUUUUACUGCCAUACUGUUUCACCAUAAGUAAUUGUGCCAGCUGUUUUGCAGCAGCAAUAAUUUGGAGUUCAAAUGUCACCAUUUUAAAUGUUUACUUGAUUGCAUGAGCAAGUCAGGAGACAAACAUCCAGAUUUGUGUCUGCAGUUGAUUGCAGGCACAUAUAUUUACAGGUACAUAAAUAUUCCUGCAAAAUUGGAGUCUGGAUUUCAAUCUCUUCAAAAAAUUAGACUCAUGAAACUUUAUGAACUUAUGUUUCUCAAUUUUAGCUUGAGCUGCUUGAGUUUCGGAAGGAAUGAUGUCCAUCAAGGAUCUGAUCCAGGGCCCACUGCAGUCACUGGAAAGACUUCCAUUGUCUUCAUUGUAGUUGGCUCAGGCCCCAAUUAACUAAAACUGAAGUGACAAAUUUAGAACAACAUUUUAGCCUGAUGCCACUGUCUGUUCUGUACACCAGGGGUAGCAUUUUCUGUUACAUUUGUCUACAGAAUUCUUUUUCUUUAGUUGUAUUCUGAUUUACAGAUAUGUUAGUGAUGAAUGUAUCUACUGUUGAUUGUAACCCAUGUAUAUAUUCAUGCACUCUACAUCUUCUACUGCAUAUGCAGAAUGAAUACAGUUUGCCUUCAAGAAAAUAAUCUGCUGCUGCUUGUCUAAUAAAUGAACCAAAUGUAACCUCCUGCUUCUA